AUGAGGGUAGCAGGCUUGGUGUUUUGGGGGCUUGUGCUGAGGUUUGGGGCUACUAUGGCUAAGCCAGAAGAGAGCAGCAUUUGUUCUAAGAACCAGGUGGCCUUCAGAGAUGCUUGCUAUGAAUUCGUGCCACUGGAGCGCACCUUCCAUGGUGCCCAGGGCUGGUGUGAAGGGCAUGAAGGCCACCUGGUCUUUGUUCGUGAUGAAGAUACACAACAUUUCCUGCAGAAGCACAUCUCCCAGGACAGGGAAUGGUGGAUUGGACUCACGGGGACCUCAGCACCCAAUGGGACCAUAGGAGGGCCUGGAACCUGGCUGGACACCUCCACCGUGAGCUACAGCAACUGGCAGGAAGGACAGACUGCACCUGGCCCAGGGGCCUGUGGCUACAUCGGGAGAGGCCCUUCGUCCCGGUGGGCUGCCUUGGCGGACUGCACACAGACCUUCGCCUUCAUCUGCGAGUUUGGGGUCGGCCGCAGCCUGGCCUGUGAAAGACACAAUGCCACCAUGCACUGUGGCUCAGGGGAAGUCAUUCAGGUCCAGGAUGCCUUCUAUGGGCGCCACACGCCCCAUUACUGCACCCAGGGCUCCUGGCACCCCUCAGAGCUGGAGGAGGAAUGCGGCUGGGUCAGCGUCAAGGAGGAGGUUGAAGGCCAGUGCCAGGGGCUGCAGGCAUGCCAGGUGGCAGCAGAUGGGACCUACUUUGGAGACCUGUGUCCCAUGUGGGGCAAUUACCUGUGGGUGCACUACCAGUGCCUGGAAGGCCUGCGGCUGGUCGUGCCCAAUGGGAGUUUCGUCUUUGACGAUGUCACCAUCUCCCUGACAUGGCUCCUCACUCCCUUCACUGGAAACCUGUCCUGCACACUGAGCCUGGGAGAUGGCCACACUUUGGAUCCCUACUACCCUCCCAGCAUGUCCAGCACUAUAACCCACCAGUUUACCACCCCUGGGGAAUUCACCAUCUUUGUGGAGUGCUCAACCAGCGAGUGGCACGUGACAGCUCAGAAGCAAGUGAUGCUGCGAGACAAGAUGGAAAGGCUCGUUGUCACCGGAUGUGCCGGCCUGUCCAGGCCUGGAGCUAGCCUUCUCUGCCAGGCUGUCUUUGGGGAUCCCCUGUGGAUUCAGGUGGAACUGAAUGGAGGAACAGGGGUGACUUAUGCUGUGCUUUUGAGUAAUAUAACUCUGGCUGAGUCUGUCACCCAGAGAGGCUCGCUGCCCUACAACCUGACUCUGGACAGAGAGACGCAGGAGCUGCUGGGCCCUGGGAUGCACUGCCUGGAGAUCCGAGCCAUCAGCAACAGCACCACCUCCACGCCCUCUGUAAACAUCACAGUCCAUUUUGUUGAACUACUCUCAGGGCUGUGGGCAUCUUGGGCUUCUGACCAAGUGGAGCUUGGGCAGGACCUGCUGGUCAAUGUCUCAGUGGCUCAUGGAACUCUGGAAGAGCUGACCUUUGAAGUGGUAGGACUCCAUGCAAACUUCUCCCAAAAAGAAGAAAGCACCGGGGAGACAUUUGGGACGUACCCUGUGGCAGUUCCGGUUGAAGGCACCUUUCUGGUCACUGUGCAUGUGAGGAAUGCCUUCUCAAACUUGACCUUGGAGAUCGGAAAUAUCACUGUCACAGCCCCUUCCAGUCUCCAAGAACCAUCUGGAACAAAUGCUGAAGGAAACAAUGGAGACAAGGUCAUGGAGGUACACACGGAGCCUGGUCUGUUCGCAGACCCUUUCACAGCAGUCACACUGCGCUGGCCAGACGGCGACCCGGACUUAGGCUUCCACUGGUCCUGCGGGCGUUGCUGGACUCAGUGGAGGGACUGUGUUGAAAGGCGGCGGCUCCACACAGACCAGAGGGAGCUGGUGGUCCCACCAUCCUGCCUGCCAACACCCUACUCUGCUGUCACCUUGCGCUUGGCCAUCCUCAAGGGCCAGCAGCUGGAGCACAAGACAGAACGGUGUCUCUAUGUGUCCAGUCCCCUGCGCCUUCCGCUUCAAAUCAGCUGUGAGGAAAACUGCCAGCCAGUGAAAGCUGACCAAGACAUUCUGCUCAAGGUCACUAUGGGAGACAAUGAUGUAGCUGCCAUGUUUAGCUGGUACUUAGACGAGCCCUCACUGGAGAAGGCUGAGCCACUUCCUGCUUCCUGCCAACUCCGAGGGUUUUGGCCUCACUCUCUGACCCUCCUUCAGAGCAACACCUCCACACUGCUGCUGAACAGCAGCUUCCUGCAGACCUGGGGACAAGUCCUCCACAUCCGCGCCACAGCCCUGACCACAUAUGCCUAUGGGGAAGACACCUAUGUGAUCAGCACUCUGCCUUCUCCCGAAGUGCCCACCUGUACGAUUGCCCCAGAGGAGGGCACCAUACUGACGAGGUUCUCCGUCCUCUGCACGACCUCCACAGCUCCGGGAACCCUUGAGUACUGCUUCUGUCUGCAGUCAGGUUCUUGCCUACACUGUGGCCCUGAACCAGCCCUUCCAUCCGCGUACCUACCACCUGGAAAAGAAAGCGAUGGCUUUAUGCUGACAGUGGGCAUUGCUGUCACCAAUCAAGCAGGAGACAGACAGCAAACCCACACAGCGGUUAAGGUGAGACUUGCUGAUGUUGGUGUGGAGGAUGUGGCAUUCCAAGCUGCCACACUGGAGAGAAUCACAGUGGCUCUUCAAGACAAGAGCAACCCUGAGGAGCUACUCCUGCUGGCCAAGGCUGUGUCCUCUGCACUGAACCAGGAGGCCCAGGGCCAGGGCUCUGGGCAACUUAGGAUGGAUGUCAGAUGGAAGGUCAGAGAGUAUGUGCUGGAGUUGCUGUCCACAGUCACUGUCGGCCUGGAGGACAUACAGGGGCUACAGAGGUUUGCUGAUGUGCUGAGAGAGGUGACUCACUGCAGUGAGGAGCUCACACUCUUCGCCCAGCGGAAGGCCAGCCAGGCUCUUCAGCAUGUUAGUCAAGCCCUGUUGACAGUCAGUGCCAAAGCCCGUCCUGAGGACCAGAGGCGCCAGGCAGCUACCAGGGACCUGUUUCAGGCUGUGGGCAGUGUGCUGGAAGCUUCCCUCAGCAAUGGACCAGAAGAGCCUGCGGGGAUCAACAGCAGCCAGGCCCCCACAGUGGCCCAGUUACUUAAGAUUGUGGAACACGUGCAGACUGCCCUCUUGUUGGGGACAUUGCCUGGGAGCCUUCCAGCCACUCUGGCCACUCCCUCCAUCUCCAUGUACACAAACAGAAUCCAGCCUCGGAGCUGGCAAGGCUCCUCGGUGCGCGUUGCUGCAGCUAACUCUGCGACCUUCACUCUGCCUGUCACCGCCUCCCUCCGCGCUGUGGAAGGCAGCCAGGGGCCCGUGGACAUAAGGAUGAUGAGUUUCCCAAAGAGUCCCUUCCCAGCUCAGAGCCGCUUUGAUGUCAGUGGAACUGUGGGUGGCCUUCGUCUGACCAGCCUCAGUGGACAGCCCAUCCCAGUGAAGAACCUGUCGCAGAAUAUUGAGAUCCUGCUCCCCCGGCUUUUGGAAGAACACAUUGAGCCGACCAUGCUGAGCCUGGCCACCCCAGAAGCUCUGUGGUUGAACGUGACUACAGGGGAUGCGGCUCUGGGGAUCCAGCUGCUCUGGGGACCUGCAGUGCCGCUCACACUCAGCCUAGCCUAUGGCUGCCAUCCCAGCCAGACCAGAUGUGAUGCUCAGACCCACCUGCUGCCGGCCACUGCUGCAGGUGAACUGGCCACGUGGAUCCUGGGCCCAGAAGAUCUGCCCUUUGGAGAAGGUAUCUACUAUUUGACCGUGGUCCCUCAGUCUGACCCAGAACCCGUCUCUGACAGGAACCACACGGUUGGCAUCACCACCUUCCUGUCCCAUUGUGUGUUCUGGGAUGAGAUUCAGGAGACCUGGGACAACUCUGGGUGCCAGGUGGGGCCUCGGAGCACUGCCUCCCAGACACACUGCCUCUGCAACCACCUCACCUUCUUUGGAAGCACGUUCCUAGUGAUGCCCAAUGCCGUCAACGUACGCCAGACUGCCGAGCUCUUUGCCACCUUCGAGGACAACCCUGUGGUGGUGACCACGGUGGGCUGCCUCUGUGUGGUCUACGUGCUGGUGGUGAUCUGGGCAAGGAGAAAGGAUGCGCAGGACCAAGCCAAGGUGAAGGUCACAGUGCUGGAGGACAAUGAUCCCUUUGCCAAGUACCACUACCUGGUGACAGUCUACACGGGACACCGGCGCGGGGCAGCCACGUCUUCAAAGGUGACUAUCACGCUGUAUGGACUGGCUGGAGAGAGUGAGCCCCACCACCUGUCAGCCCCAGACUCCCCCGUGUUUGAGCGAGGAGGAGUGGAUGUCUUCCUUCUCGCUACCCUAUUUCCCCUGGGCGAGCUGACGGGCCUCAGGCUGUGGCACGACAACUCAGGGGACCGGCCAGCAUGGUACGUGAGCCGUGUGCUGGUCUACGACCCAGUGACGGACCGCAAGUGGUGCUUCCUCUGCAACUCAUGGCUGUCCAUUGAUGUUGGAGACUGUGUCCUUGACAAGGUGUUUCCAGUGGCCACAGAGCAGGACAGAAAGCAGUUCAGCCACCUAUUUUUCAUGAAAAUCUCCACGGGCUUCCAGGAAGGACAUAUCUGGUACUCUGUCUUCAGUGGCUCAACUCGGAGCAACUUCACACGUGUCCAGAGGGUGUCCUGUUGCUUCUCCCUGCUCCUCUGCACCAUGCUGACCAGCAUCAUGUUCUGGGGUGUGCCCAAGGAUCCAGCUGAGCAAAAGAUGGACUUAGGCAAAAUUGAAUUCACUUGGCAAGAAGUAAUGAUUGGGCUGGAGAGCUCUGCCCUCAUGUUUCCAAUCAACCUCCUGAUAGUCCAGAUCUUUCGAAAUGCCCGUGCUCGAGUCACAAAGGCCCAGGAUACUGGGAAACAGGACCAGGGCUUCCCCAGCCUGACUCCCUCCACACAGCCUGUGGAGGAUGGACUUCUGACACCUGAAACAGUGACCAAGGAUAUGUGGAGACUUGUCAACUCACUAUUUAAAGUACUGAAGCUGCCAUCCCCAGCCUCCAGCUGGGAUGCUGUGAACUUGAUGGACAUCAACAAUCUCCUGGCCUUGCUAGAAGACAUCAUCUGCCCAGGGAACAAGGAAGGACAGGGGUUCCAAGAGGAAGCUAAAAAGAAAGAGGACCCUUUCCCCCUCACUCUUGGGUGUGUGCAAGUAAAAGAGGAAACAUGGUGCCCCAAGGCUGAGCUGGACCGGAGUGGAACUUGGAAGGACAGUGCCUAUAGACAGUGUCUUUACCUUCAGCUGGAGCAUGUGGAGCAGGAGCUGCGGCUGGUGGGACCCCAAGGCUUCCCACACAGCCACAGCCAUGCCCAGGCUCUCCAGCAGCUGCACAUCCUGAAGAGCUGCCUCGGGGGACAGCCUGUCACUUCUGCCCUAGAACGUGCCAGCCUUCCUCGGGCUAGAAAGCCCCCUCGCGGCCUGCCCUGGUGGUGUGUCCUGGUGGGCUGGCUUCUGGUGACAGCCACCAGCGGAGUAGCGGCCUUCUUCACCAUGCUGUAUGGCUUGCACUAUGGGCGGGCCAGCUCCUUCAGGUGGCUUAUCUCCAUGGCUGUCUCCUUUGUAGAGAGUGUCUUCAUCACCCAGCCGCUGAAGGUGCUGGGCUUUGCUGCCUUCUUUGCACUGGUCUUGAAGCGAGAGGAGGAUGACGAAGAGGAGUCUGUGCUCCCACUGCUGGGACAUCUGUCUGGCUCAGGUCCCCAUUCCUUUCUUAGAGGGCGCAGACACAGCAGCAAGAGCACCUACCAGCCCCCUCUCACUGCGGCCGUGGAGAAGAUGAAAGCCAUGCGCCUCAAAGAGCAGAGAGCAUUCGCCUUCAUCAGAGAAAUGCUGGCUUACCUGGGCUUCCUGUGGAUGCUGCUACUGGUGGCCUAUGGGCAGAGGGACCCCAGUGCCUACUACUUCAACAGACACCUCGAGCACAGCUUCACUCAAGGCUUUUCUGCUGUGCUGAGCUUCAAAGAUUUCUUUGUGUGGGCAAACACUACUCUUGUGAGCAACCUGUAUGGUCAUCACCCAGGCUUUGUUACUGACGGGAACUCCAAACUGGUUGGAAGUGCCCACAUUCGCCAAGUGAGGAUCCAGGAGAGCUCUUGUCCUCUAGCCCGGCAGCUGCAGGCUUCUUUGGAUGGAUGCCGUGCAGCGUAUUCCCUGGAUGUUGAAGACCUGGCAGACUAUGGAGAAGGCUGGAAUGUCUCCACCCUCAAUAACAGCAAUGCUUUUCCCCAGGCUUGGCAGUACCAGAGCCAAAGCCAACGCCAAGGUUAUCCCAUGUGGGGCAAACUCACUGUGUAUGGGGGAGGUGGCUACGUGGUCCCCUUGGGGACAGAUCGCCCAAGUGCAUCAAGAGUUCUCCAAUAUCUCUUUGACAACACUUGGCUCGAUGCCCUGACCAGAGCCGUGUUUGUGGAGUUCACUGUCUACAAUGCCAAUGUCAACCUGUUCUGCAUUGUCACACUCACGCUGGAGACCAGUGCCCUGGGAACCUUCUUCACACACGCGACCCUGCAGAGCCUGCGCCUGUACCCCUUCACAGAUGGCUGGCACCCCUUCGUGGUGGCGGCUGAGCUUGCUUACUUCCUCUUCCUCUUCUAUUACAUGGUGGUGCAGGGUAAGCUCAUGAAGAAGCAGAAAUGGGGCUACUUCUGCAGCAAGUGGAAUCUUCUGGAACUUGCUAUCAUCCUGGCCAGCUGGAGUGCCCUGGCAAUGUUUGUGAAGAGGGCUGUCCUGGCAGAGCGUGACAUCCAGCGCUACAGGAAGCACAGAGGGCAGGGGAUAAGUUUCAGCGAGACAGCAGCGGCUGACGCUGCCCUUGGAUACGUCAUUGCCUUCCUGGUGCUCCUGUCCACAGUGAAGCUCUGGCACCUGUUCCGGUUGAAUCCCAAAAUGAACAUGGUCACCUCGGCCCUACGCCGUGCCUGGGGUGACAUUUCAGGCUUUACCACUGUCAUCAUCAUCCUGCUCCUGGCUUAUUCCAUCGCAACAAACUUGGUAUUUGGUUGGAAACUCCGUUCCUACAAAACCCUCUUUGAUGCGGCAGAAACGAUGAUCAGCCUUCAGUUGGGGAUCUUUAAUUAUGAGGAGGUCCUGGACUACAGCCCAGUGCUUGGCUCUUUCCUCAUUGGGUCCUGCAUAGUUUUUAUGACAUUUGUGGUGCUGAAUCUAUUUAUCUCUGUCAUUCUGGUGGCCUUCAACGAGGAGCAAAAAUAUGAGCAGCUGUCAGAGGAAGGAGAGAUUGCAGAUUUGCUCCUGACAAAAAUACUCAGCUUCCUGGGUGUUAAGUGCAGAAGAGAGGAGCCUCGGAGCAGCAGCGAGCUGCCCAUGUCACCCUUAGAGGCUCUGUCCCCUGAACUGGCACAAGCUUUGCCCAGAGAAUAAGCUGUUCACCAGUGUGAUCAUCCACGCAUGAGGAAACCUGAACCUGAGGCUGGCACUUGUACAUUAUUCUAUUGUUUCUCCUGAGCACUGGUUUUAGUGUUUGUAGAAGAGUUCUAAGCCCAGCCAGCAAAACAAUAAGAAUGCAUACAUACACAUGUAUGUAUAUAUCUACACAUACAUUCAUACUAUUGCCACUGUGCGAGAGCCUGUUUGUUCAAAUGUGUUUUCUCCUAGAAAUAAAAGCAUACACAUUGUAUGAAAAA